UGGCUAAUGAUGUCAGUGUGUGCCCUAAUGAGCUCCAAAAUACAAUCAAUGAGGUCAAACCUGAAUUUAGAAGCAAAAGAAGCCAAGCCAGCUGAAGAAGAACCAAACAGGAAACAAGAUUGAAGAGCCCCGAGAGGAUCCAAAACCAGAACUUCCAUUUCAUCAGAUUCCGAAAGGACGCCCUCUAAUUUUAUUUCCCGCCAAAAAUGUAAACGAAAUCCCCCAAAAUACUGUCGCAAGUUUCAAAAUCAUCGCUCGCACUUGCAGUGUUCUUCUUCUUCAGAAAUGGGCAUGGAAUCCAGCUCCACCCACUUCACGAUUAUGAGAAGCUCAGAUACUGAUUCUAAGAUUGAAGACAGUGGGAACAACUUAGUCUUAAAAGCAUACCCGAUGCUUCCCAUGAAAACUGUUAAUGCAGAGGAUGAAGGAGAGUCUAGAGUACUUGAACCAUAUGUGGGGUUAGAGUUUGAUUCAGCAGAUGUUGCACGUGACUUUUACAGUCUCUAUGCAACCCGGAUGGGAUUUAGAGUUCGAACUGGUCAGUUGUAUCGGUCGAGAACAGAUGGUUCAGUUUCUUCUCGGAGAUUUGUGUGCUCCAAGGAGGGAUUUCAGAUUAGUUCACGAACUGGUUGCCCUGCAUUGAUAAGGGUGCAAAGACGCGAUUCAGGGAAGUGGGUUGUAGACCUUUUCCUGAAGGACCACAAUCAUGGUCUUGGAUCCACAGAGGAAAACCAUUCUCCGAUUUUGCAGAAGAAGACUCUAACACGUACAAACACCGUUGUUGAAUUGUCCCAUAGGCCAAAAAUCAAAUCGAUUGAGGAAAUUGAGGAUUUACGACCUUGCCCAUCUGGAAUUAUUAGUGCCAAACGCUUUAAAUGGGAUGGAGAUGAAAUGCAGCCAGAAGUUGAACCAUCUGCAGGUCUAGAGUUCAAUUCAGCCAAUGAAGCAUACCAAUUUUAUCAUGUAUAUGCAGAAAAUACAGGAUUUAGAAUCAGGAUUGGUCAAUUAUUUCGUUCAAAGCUUGAUGGGUCAAUUACAUCCCGGCGAUUUGUGUGCUCAAAGGAAGGUUUUCAGCACCCAUCAAGAGUUGGUUGUGGGGCAUUUAUGAGGAUUAAGAGACAAGACUCUGGAAGGUGGGUAGUGGACCGUCUUGAUAAAAAUCAUAACCAUGAGCUUGAGUCUCAACUGGAAGUUAAAAAGACAAAUCUAUUUUCUUCAAAAAAGUUCAUAGAAGAGGAGAUUGGUGGGCUAGAAAAUGAAGAUAUUGUUGACAUAAACAACGGUAACCAUGUCAAAAGACGUAGAGAAAAUCACAUUGGAAGUGAUUGGUACCGUGUGCUGUUUGACUAUUUUCAGACCAAACAGGCUGAAGAUACAGGAUUCUUUUAUGCAGUAGAGGUUGAUAAUGGUAGUUGCAUGAGUAUUUUCUGGGCUGAUGGGAGGUCUAGAUUUUCAUGCUGUCAGUUUGGUGAUGUCAUUAUUUUGGAUACCUCAUAUCGGAAAGGCAUUUAUCUGGUGCCAUUUGCCACUUUCAUUGGAAUCAACCACCAUAAGCAACCAGUGCUUCUUGGCUGUGCUCUAAUUGCUGAUGAAUCUGUGAAAUCUUUUACUUGGUUGUUUCAAACAUGGCUUAGGGCAAUGUCAGGACGUUGUCCUCUGUCAAUAAUAGCUGACCAAGACGAUGUGAUCCAGCAAGCCAUCAUGCAAGUUUUUCCAGGAACCCAUCAUCGUUUCUCAUUGUGGCAGUUCAAGGCAAAAGAAAGUGAGCAUCUACGUUUGAUGAAUACUUCCUUUAAAUAUGAGUAUGAAAAAUGCAUUUAUGAGUGUCAAACAGCCGAUGAAUUUGAUACCGCAUGGAAUGCACUCCUCAGCAGGUAUGGGUUGAAGGAUAAUGGUUGGCUGAAAGCAAUGUAUGCAAAGCGCAAAAGUUGGGUCCCGCUAUACUUAAGAGCUACAUUCUUUGCGGGCAUCCCCUUCAAUGAAAGUAUAGAAUCAUUCUUUGGUACACGCUUCAAUGCCCAAACACCACUUAAGGAGUUUGUUUCACAAUAUGAAAGAGGUCUAGAGAGACGGCGCGAAGAAGAAAGGAAAGAAGAUUUUAACUCUUUUAACUUGCAAGCCUUCUUGCAGACAAAAGAACCAUUAGAAGAGCAAUGUAGAAGGCUUUAUACACUGAACAUAUUCAGGAUAUUUCAGAAAGAACUUCUACAAUCCUAUAGUUAUCUAGGAUUUAAGAUUUAUGAAGAAGGGGCCACCAUCAGGUAUUUGGUCCGCAAAUGUGGGAAUGACAAUGAGAAAUGUGUAGUAACUGUUGGUCCAUCCAAUCCCAAAGUGAUUUGCAGCUGUCAAAUGUUUGAAUUUGAAGGUGUGCUGUGUCGGCAUGUGUUGAGAGUUUUCCAAAUCUUGGACCUAAAAGAAGUUCCACCUUGCUAUAUAUUACAGCGUUGGACUAGAAAUGCAGAAUAUGGCAUUCCUUGCGAUUCUGAAUCUGGUGGAAACCCUCAAGAACUUAAGGCCUUGAUGGUAUGGAGUUUAAGAGAAGCAGCCUGUCAAUACAUAGAGGCUGGGGCAACAUCUCUUGAAAAGCACAGACUUGCCUACGAAAUUAUGCGAGAGGGUGGAAGAAAACUUUGUUGGCAGAGGUAAACAAUAGUCAGUCAUCUCUGAUUCUCUAUGGAUAAAGUUUUGAAGUUUUUGAGCUACAUAAGUAGCUAGUCCUUUUCUACAGCAAGCCUAGGCUAUGUAAUCGAAAGAUCGAUGACUUGCCUUGGAUAAUCUGUUGUUGAUGUCAGAGUAAUGUAAAUAUUGUGUUGUGAAGAUUACCCCUCAUCAGAUGAUUGAU